AUGUCCUCUGGACGCCCACGACCCUUGCCCAGUGAACCCGGCAUUGAUCAUGUAUCUCCUCCGACAUCUGACCAUGCCCUUGGGUUUACCGAUAUCUAUGGGUCAUUAACACCCCGCCAGAUUAGCAUGAUCAGUAUGCCUCGCACGCCGGCCGCUAUCAUCAUCUCAUAUACUAUCGUUGGGCUUGCAGUUUACCUCGUCCUCUCGGCCUUAGGUGAGGUGGGUUCUUGGUUACCGAAGCCAUACACCGUUGCAGACCAGGCUGUGCGAUUCUGUGACCCUGCGCUCGGGUUCGCGCUCGGAUGGAUCUUUUGGCUCAAGUAUGCCAUCGUCACCCCCAAUCAGCUUACUGCCGCGGCUCUCGUGGUCUCUUACUGGGUCGAUGCUGAGCAAGUCAACCCCGGUAUUUGGAUCACCAUCUUUUUGUCCAUUAUAGUGAGUCUCAACUGCAUCAAUCACCGUCUGCCUAGUCGCAUCGAGUUCUACAUGGCUUCAUGCAAGCUUGUUGUCAUGCUUGGCCUCAUGAUCCUCUCGAUUAUCAUUGCGCUAGGGGGAGCACCGGACCAUGACCGGAAAGGCUUUCGUUACUGGCUAUACCCAGGUGCCUUUGGUUCUCACCGACGCGACGGAUUCAUCGACAAGUUUUCUAUCACCUGUUCAACGAUGUCGUCUGCGACGUUCGCAUAUAUUGGAAGUGAACGAUCCGGCAUGUGUCACUUCCCGAAUGUUCGGAAAGCAACUUCUCGAGCUAUCAGGAAUACCUUCUAUCGGAUUCUCGUCUUCCAUCUUCUGGCGAUCACGCUAUUGGGAAUGAUCAUUCCCCAGAACUCUAUAUCUGUGGCCUUCUACAGCCGAGCGUCCCACGGUGCUGCCGCAUCUGCAUUUGUGGCGGCGCUUUAUCUCGCCGGCAUUUCCGUUCUCCCAGACCUAUUGAAUGCAUUUAUUCUGGCGUUUGUGCUGUCCAUCGCCAACUACGACCUGUAUCUUGCAACCAAAGCAAUGUGUGAUCUCUCCCUGAAGCACCGUGCCCCAGCCUUCUUGUCUCGAACCACGCACAGAGGUGUCCCCAUAUACGCCUUGGGGAUAUGCUCGCUGCUUGCGACUCUAGCAUAUCUCAACGUGAAUCAAGAUUCGACGGUUAUUUUCGGCUAUUUCGUGGAUAUGGUCACAAUGCUCGGCCUGCUGACAUGGUUUUCAAUUCUUGUCACCCACAUUUCGUUUGUGCGCGCGAGAAAAGCUCAAGGGGUCCCGGAUAAGUCUCUGGCCUUCCGAGCUCGUUUUGGUCUGCCUGGCACCUGUGUGGCCUUGGUUCUUUGCUUGUUUAUCUCGGUGACUAUUGUGUUUGACUCUUUCAGUUUCGAAUCUGGUGAGCGGAGGUUCAAUGUCAGUUCGUUUGUGGCUUCCUAUAUUAGCAUCCCUUUGUAUAUAUUGCUCAUGGUUGGAUACAAGGUUGCUGUCCACAGCAAGCAUGUUCAACCAAAAGACGUGGAUUUAUGGACGGACAAAACCGGGCAUGAUCACCCAAGUGAGGCUCCUUCGACUGCAGCCCCGUGCUCAUGA